GUAGUUUCGCGCCGUUUUACGUAAAAGUUCUGCUGCAUACGGUACUUUUGUAGUUGGCAGCGCGUCGCUUAGCCGGCAAAACAAACGCCGAGAAAAGCCUAAAUAAAAGUGUUAAAAAAGGGUACAAAUAAAGAGUAAUUGCAAUUGAAAUGAAAAAUAGUUCUGUCACAUAUUUGUGCUAUGCAAAAUGCUAAAUAGCCGCCGCGUGUUUUUGUGCGUGUUUUAAAUAUAUUAUUUUCAACGCCCUGCUCUCGCCCUCGCCCUCGCCCCCGUCAUUGUGCUUGUGCUUGUGUGUGUGUGUGUGUGUGUGUGUUUUUGUCAAAAUGUCCGAGCUUUAAGAAUCCCGCAAAGCGUUGAAAAUUUACUUAAGAUAUCCACGAGCCAAAAACGCGCCAACCAAUAAAAGAAAUUAUUAUUCGGUUCUGAAAAAUGUGCGAAAGUAGAAAAAUGCUGCUUCAGCCGCUGCUGCUGCUGCUGCUGCCGGCGCUGCUGCAGAGCGCGCAGCGCUACGAUCAGACCCCGUUGGACGCCAGCUCGUACUAUAGGUCCGACUUGACCGGCAGCUCGGCCAGCUCGCUGGACGGCUUUCCACAUCACAAUCGCUGCGAGCCCAUCACCAUAUCCAUAUGCAAGAAUAUACCCUAUAAUAUGACGAUAAUGCCCAAUCUGAUUGGUCACACCAAGCAGGAGGAGGCGGGCCUGGAGGUGCAUCAGUUUGCGCCGCUGGUCAAAAUCGGCUGCAGCGCCGAUCUACAGUUAUUUCUCUGCUCCCUCUAUGUGCCCGUCUGCACCAUACUGGAGCGCCCCAUUCCGCCCUGCCGCUCGCUCUGCGAAUCCGCACGCGUCUGCGAGACCCUCAUGAAAACGUACAACUUCAAUUGGCCCGAGAAUCUCGAGUGCUCCAAGUUUCCCGUACACGGCGGCGAGGAUCUCUGUGUCGCCGAGAACACCACCGCCUCCUCCUCCACCCCGGCGCCCACGCGCAGCGCACCCAAAGUGACCACGCGCAAGCAUCAGAUCAGCGUGGACAGCCCCCAUCGGAACAUAGGAUUCGUGUGUCCAGUGCAGCUGAAGACGCCUCUGGGCAUGGGCUAUGAGCUGAAAGUUGGCGGAAAGGAUCUGCAUGAUUGCGGCGCACCAUGUCACGCCAUGUUCUUCCCGGAGCGGGAACGAACGGUGCUCCGCUAUUGGGUCGGCUCCUGGGCGGCUAUCUGUGUGGCCAGUUGUCUUUUUACGGUGUGCUCACACUUUAUGUGGGAUGCUCGUGAGCUUAUCUUCGAGGAGGUGGAUGCCAACGCAGAUGUCAUUUAA